GUUGGCACGCACCAUGAUUGGGUUCCUGGUAAAUCCUGCCAUUGUCAGAUCAGCGUUCUUUGGCCUGCUUUGUUUCUCUUGGUCUAUACGGCCUUCAUAAUUACUUUGUUUAUCCUCCUGGAGCGCUACAAGAAAUGCCAUGACUACUCAUCCAUCCCCAGAUCAGCAUGUCAACGACGACAUGGCGACUGAUCCACACGUCGCGUUUCAACCCCAGCAGCAUCAUGGCUUAGAUACGGACUCACAUACCGCUGAGAAACUGGUAUGUGCUCUAUAUCAAUGGCCAUCUUGCAUUGCACUAACCCUGGAAGCAUCAUGCUUCUCCUCAUCAUAUGCAUAUGACCAGUCGGAGAUUCUUUAUCGGUCCAAUUCCCCAAGGCUGGUUGCAAAAUCACCGCAAGUCAUGGUGGAGAACACGGAUAAAAUUCGGCAAAUAUUCCUCCAAAACUGUCACCUUUUCCGCGGAUCCAAUCGUGGCGCAUUAUUCAGAGGUCUCCGACACCGACCAGGAUGAUUCGACGCCAGAACAAUCACCAGCCGCCUUGACAGAUACCACAGAGGAUGAAGGGACAGAAAGGGAACAAGAGGAUGAGAUUAGUGACCAAGAAGAACACCCAAAGACCAGUCUCCGCACUGUACCUUAUACUCUCGCUGAAGAUCAUGAUAUUUCUCGCAUUACUACAACUGCGUCAGAUACUGCCAUGUCGAAUUCAGGGGACAAUGAACACGAUUGGCAUUCAUCGAUGGGGAGACGGGAUGGGAGUUCUGCAUACUAUACAGCCAGGGAGCAAGGCCCCGGUGACGCGGACAGGGUUUCCUUAAGGCCUAGUACGGUGAGCCCGGAGCAGCAUGGGCAAGGAUCAAGCAAGCAGACGCUAAGUACCCCAAGCCAAAAUGGAGCCAGUCAGUCAAGUCCCAUGGCACCUGCUAGUGAUUAUGGAUCUACAACCGCGUUACUAAGGCCAGACUCGAGAUCCAAAGGAAAAGGAAGGGUCCCUACUACAUCGUCUAUGAACCUUGAACAACAAGAACCUCAGGUCGAGACAGCCGAAGAGGAACCCCUCCGAAAUGGGCAACGAGCCAGAAUAGACCCAUUAAAUCCUUUCUCGAGGAAAGCUGCCAAGCACAAUCUAGACGACAAUUUACUGGAUAAACAGCAAAGAGUGCUAGCUCGAAUAUCCAGGACCCAGGCUAAACUAUCGCGAAAUCUGCCGCACCGACGGAAGAUGAAAGAAGGGGAGGUUAUCAAGGCCGAAAAGAUGCUUGUUCGAAUCGAAGAGACAGUGCAGGAAAAGCUUCCAGAUGAUUAUUCGGAGAAUGACAGUUAUAAGAUGGAAACUAGGGUCGUGGAUCACUGGCGAGAGUACCUGGUGGCGUGCCGUUUGGCCUCCGACGAAGAUGCACCAUUCUCACUCCAAAUGUACAAGACCCGUGUUAUACCCGAGGUGCAGAAGGUAGGUACGCGGGUUGCUCCAUACUAUGAGGUGCCCUUGGGCCGAAAGAAAAUGAAGGUCAACCUCUACUCGCAUCUGGAUAAAGCAAUUGUUCUUUGGGGUCCCUGUAAGCAUGGGACUAAGAUCUACAUAAUUCGGCCGCGAUCUUCCGCACACGCCGUUGAAUGGUUUACAUUCCUAAGUCAGAUUAUGGGAAAACGCCGGCCAUCUUCGCUCCCUAUCCAUGUUCCCGACUUGGGCGUCUCCCUUGUGUUUAAUAAUCCAUUUGAUCAGUUGGAAGCCGUCCUUCAGAAAAGAAAUACCGGUAUACUCAGUGGGACUAUAGCACAGGAGGAAUCAGCGGCCACGGCUAUCAUACGUGGAUGUUUGAAAAUGCUGGAAAACCGUGCGGAGUGGGCUGAGGUGCUGCAAAGGUGGUCCAAGACCGAGAUCAUGGGCCUUGCCUGGAAACGGUACGAUCGACUGGAAUGGAUCCUUGGCGACAAUGAGGAGAAAAUGUACGGCUCUCUUGCUAUGCACACUACUCAUGAGCUGGAAUUGCGACCAAGGCAACAUUAUAAAACAUACACAAAGCAUGAUGGCGAGAAAGCAGACGAGCCACAGCCCGUGGAAGGCUUCUUGGUCCGUCUUACAUCUCAACGGGGUGUGCAUCAGCGGAUGAACAAGAUGUUCUUCAAGCGCCUAUAUUUUUUCACUCAGGAUCACUACCUAUUUUUCUGCAGACCGGCCAAGUCACUGCCCCCAGCGCCUCCAAGACUGUGCCGCAAUGGGUCUGAUAUGCCUUCAACGCAGCAAAUUCUAGACGCGUCGCCUCUAUCUUACGAAGUUGACCCAUAUCCACUCCAGGAAGGGGGCAUUUCUUGGCUGUCGAGUGGCAACAAAGAACACAUCAGGAAACAUGACGAGGAGGCCUACGUUCAGCGGCAGAGAGACAUUCACAAUCUUGAGCAUGCCGAUGGAUUUAUCGAUCUCAGUAAAGUGCAGGAAGUACGGCAUGUGCGGCGUGACAGCUGUCCCGCCGAUCCGAAUAUCGAGGCAGGGCCAGAUGUAGAAUUCCAUCCCGAAGCAAGAGAUACGCACCGGGAUGACGGUGCAACGCGGCAAUUUAAUGACGACAAAACCUUUGAAAUGGUGUUGGAAAACAAGCUCGUCGUCCGCUUCCAGGCUUACAAUGAAACGACCAAGACCGAAUGGAUGAAGCGACUGGAGGCUCUAGUUAAGUACUGGAAAAAUAGGAUCGCAACCGAUGCUGCCGAGAUUAAGGUUCUCCGACAGCGGAACUUGGAGCUCUUGGGGAUCGAUGAAGAACUGGAAUCCAUCAUGGGACAGUUUGCUAAAAAAUGGGAGGUCAAGAAGGCGGAAGCAUCGCCGUUACUGCACAACAUAUGCUUACUGUCAGGCUGCCGGACAAUCAAGAUAUCUGGACAGCUAUAUCGGAAGCCUCGUCGCCAUUCAACCUUCAAGAAAAGUCACGUUGUCCUAACGGCUGGGAAGUUGCUGGUUUUCCGGAGUUCACUGAGAAAGCGCAACGGUGUCGAAGUUCCACAUAUACACCAGAGCUUAGAGACCUCCAUCGACCUCAACGACUGUUAUAUCUACUCCGGUCUGUUGACAGACUCCGACCUACUGUACGCGAACCAAACAUUCGACAGCAACCAUCCAGGCCACCAUUCCUUGCCUCGGGUGUAUCUCUCAUCGGACGUCUACACAAGCAGUGAUGAGGACACGGCAAUCACAUUCGUGAUAUGGCAGCCUCUGAAGAAGAACCUAUUCCGCGCACGAGAGCAUGGGUUGAAGGGACAGACGAAGCAAAGACUAAAGCAAGUGUCUACGCUUGGAGUCCACGGGCGAACCAUUGUGUUCAAAGCCCGCAGUCGGGUAGAGAAGGACCGGUGGGUAUUGAGUAUAGCAUCUGAGAUCAACCGGUUACAGGAGGACCAACCGGAGGAUGUGCGAAUAAUCACUUAGCGUAACAGGGCACAAGGCACAUCGAGUGUCAUAAUUUCUGCAGGCAGAUCUACCGCUCCACGGUGCUUCUAUCUAAUAACACACAAGGCAAAGUAUCGUCUAUAUACAGCGCAUAAUAAUAAUACAU